CUGAAUUUAGUGCCUGGAUCUCCAAAGCGCUUUAUUAAUUCUACCCAGUAAGAGCGGCCAGAAUACCUUUGUAGAUUCCACCACUUUCUUUUUCCUUCCACACUUGUCACAAAUCAAAGCACGAAAUUUUUCAACACUACUUUAGUUGAAAAAAAAGUAUUCAUUUGUUUUCUUUUCUCUUCUUUUUUAUCUUUUAUUUAUAAAAAUGUCUGAAGGAAAGUCUGUUGGUAUUGAUUUGGGUACUACCUACUCUUGUGUUGGUGUCUGGCAAAACGACCGUGUCGAAAUUAUUGCUAACGACCAAGGUAACCGUACCACUCCCUCUUAUGUUGGUUUCACCGACUCUGAACGUCUCAUUGGUGAUGCUGCCAAGAACCAAGUUGCUAUGAACCCCUACAACACCGUUUUCGAUGCCAAGCGUUUGAUUGGUCGUCGUUUCAACGAUGCUGAAGUCCAAGCUGAUAUGAAGCACUGGCCCUUCAAGGUUAUUGAAAAGGAAUCCAAGCCCAUCAUCCAAGUUGAAUUCAAGGGUGAAACCAAGACCUUCACUCCUGAAGAAAUCUCUGCCAUGAUCCUUAUCAAGAUGAAGGAAACUGCUGAAGCUUACCUCGGUGGUAACGUCAAGAACGCUGUCAUCACUGUUCCUGCCUAUUUCAACGACAGUCAACGUCAAGCUACCAAAGAUGCUGGUUUGAUUGCCGGUUUGAACGUUCAACGUAUCAUCAACGAACCUACUGCCGCCGCUAUUGCUUACGGUUUGGACAAGAAGGUUGAAGGUGAACGCAACGUCCUUAUCUUCGAUUUGGGUGGUGGUACCUUCGAUGUUUCUCUCUUGACCAUUGAAGAUGGUAUUUUUGAAGUCAAGGCUACUGCUGGUGAUACUCACUUGGGUGGUGAAGAUUUCGAUAACCGUCUCGUCUCUCACUUCAUGCAAGAAUUCAAGCGUAAGUUCAAGAAGGACAUCUCUGGUAACGCUCGUGCCAUGCGUCGUCUCCGUACUGCUUGUGAACGUGCUAAGCGUACCUUGUCUUCUGCUGCUCAAACUACCAUCGAAAUUGACUCUCUCUUCGAAGGUGUUGACUUCUACACUUCUUUGACUCGUGCUCGUUUCGAAGAAUUGAACCAAGAUCUCUUCCGUAACACCAUGGACCCCGUUGAAAAGGUUCUCCGUGACUCCAAGAUUGACAAGGGUUCCGUUCACGAUAUCGUCCUCGUUGGUGGUUCUACUCGUAUCCCCAAGGUCCAAAAGUUGGUCUCUGACUUCUUCAACGGUAAGGAACCCAACAAGUCCAUCAACCCUGAUGAAGCCGUUGCCUACGGUGCUGCUGUCCAAGCUGCCAUUCUCUCUGGUGAUACCUCUGAAAAGACUCAAGAUCUUCUUCUUUUGGAUGUUGCCCCUCUUUCUUUGGGUAUUGAAACCGCUGGUGGUGUCAUGACUGCUUUGAUUAAGCGUAACACUACUGUUCCCACCAAGAAGUCUGAAGUCUUCUCUACCUACGCUGAUAACCAACCCGGUGUCUUGAUUCAAGUCUUUGAAGGUGAACGUGCCCGUACCAAGGAUAACAACAUCCUCGGUAAGUUCGAAUUGACCGGUAUUCCUCCUGCUCCUCGUGGUGUUCCUCAAAUCGAAGUCACCUUCGAUGUUGAUGCUAACGGUAUCUUGAACGUCUCUGCUCUCGACAAGACCACUGGUAAGUCCAACAAGAUUACCAUCACCAACGAUAAGGGUCGUCUCUCCAAGGAAGAUAUCGAACGUAUGGUUAACGAAGCCGAAAAGUACAAGGCUGAAGAUGAAGAAGCUGCUGCUCGUAUCCAAGCCAAGAACGGUCUCGAAUCUUACGCUUACAACCUCCGUAACACUCUUCAAGAUGAAAAGGUUGCCGGUGCUCUCGCCGAAGAUGAUAAGACUAAGUUGAAGGCUGCCGUUGAUUCUGCCAUUGAAUGGUUGGAUGCCAGCCAAGAAGCUUCCAAGGAAGAAUAUGAAUCUAAGCAAAAGGAACUCGAAGAAGUUGCUAACCCCAUCAUGAUGAAGAUGUACGGUCAACAACAAGGUGGUGCUCCUGGUGCUGCUCCUGGCGGUUUCCCCGGUGGUGCUGCUCCUGGUGGCUUCCCCGGUGCCAACACUGCUGAAACUGACGGUCCUUCCAUCGAAGAAGUUGAUUAAAUUAUUUAACAAAAAAGUACAAGAAAUAGACUCGUGUAAUAAUCAUGUAAAUUUAUAGAUAAAAAAAUAAAUUGUUCCUAAUGUUAUGAUUGUCAUAAUUAUUAUUGCUUGUCUGUGUGUUUUAUGUUGAAGUCUGAACUUGUAUGAUGAUUAAAGUCAACUUUUCUUUUUUUUUUUUGGCUU